GUUGCAGCACGUUGUUUGCUACCAUCUUUUUUGCCGCAUCUCACUACAUUCUGCUCCAAUUUUUCGCUGCCAAACCGCGUCCCACACCCCAUCACCUAGAUCGCGUAUCAGGUCUGCGCUCUGUACCUGAUUUUAUAGCCAGCCAGUCCAGGCUCUCCCAACGGCAAACCGUAUAGAAGAUCACAACAUCUUCCCGACCCAUACGCGAACGAAAUCAGCACGAACUGCGUAAUCGCUGUGUCAACAAAGCUGUGCCAAACACCGGAUAAAGGAGAGUGCCUUCCAGGAGGGGAGGAAGGUGCAGGCCCACGGCAGGCUAGAGUGUCACCAAGGGCCGGGGCCAGCAUCUUCAGCGUACACAAAGUGGUACACGUGAGAGCCCGCGAGAGCGAUGUUCGGCCCGUCCGGUCAGGUGAGAUGCGAUUGCGUGCGCGUGCUAGUGUGCAUUGGUCUACGUGCGAAUACGCUUAGCAUCUCAUCAAAAACCCCAUGAGUAUCUCACGAACCACGUAGGAGAGUAGGGGAGUGAACGAUUUAUCUACCGACUGUGGCGGGCUCGCUUAUCGUAUUCGCAGCACAGUAUCUGCCCGCGCAGGACAUUUGGCGCGCCCGGGUUCGAGUUGAGUGGUCGCGAUCAGAUCGGUUCGCUUAGUUACUACCGGGCAAACCCGCACAGUGCACUUGAAGUAACGCGUGGCCGUUAACAUUCCAAUUCCGUUGUGAUUCAAAAUGUAGCACCAUGAAGCUGCAGCAGUGCGUCAUUGAUUUCGCUAUCAUCCUGAUAACGAUCCCGUCGCUCGUCGUCGUGGCACUGCUACUGGACUACAUGAUGAACCGAACUGGGUGGGCGGAGCAGCUGGAGGCGCAGCUCAUCAUGGCCGCGCUGGCGGUGGCCUUCUUCCUGAUCUGCAUCAUGAUCUCCGUCUACCUGACGCACCGGGUCGGCAACUGUCUCUGGGCCGGGCCGCAGCCCGACCAGCCGUCGAUCUACUCGAUCGAGCGCGGGCACGAUGCCACCCUGCCCCCACCGUCGUACGAGUCGGUGAUGGGCGGCGACCAUGCCCCCCCAUCGUACGAAAAAAUCAGCAAGAUCUUCCCGCCGCCACAGGAACCGCCGCCCCCGUACGCCGUCGCGCUCGGUCGUGACGUGGCGGCCCACAUCUGAUCUACGUGCCAUUGCGUGCGCCGUGCCGAGUGCGCCUCGGGAGCGGCUAACGCUCCCGUGCUUCUUGGCACCGUUCGCCCAUCUUUGUUGUUGUUGCUGUUGUGUUGUAAAGACUGGUUGUGCGCUGUGCCCGCGUCGUUAGUUUCGGGAUGAUUGCGAAAUAAUAAAAAAAAGACAGAAAACAUGCGCUACUGCUCAAA